UAUAUUCCGUUGAAGAGUUAUAAAAUAACGAAUGUUUAUAUGAGUUAACUACAUACAAAAGUGUAUUUUCUAUUAAUGUUUGUAUGAGGUAACCACAUACAAAAGUGCACGUUUAAGGUCCCCGAGCGUGUUCUCGUGGGGUGAUGGAACAGACAUCACAUAAGCUCCGCCCAAUACGGAAGUGAGAGUUUCACCAUUUCUCGUCUUAACGUUAUACGUUGUAGUCUUUAUAUUGUCCUCCGAACGGAUAAAUGUUACACCCUGGACACAUUAUAAUGGACAUAUGUACAACAUUCUUCAUUUGUAAACAACAGGUAACGAGUUUACAAGCGGUUAAUUUUCCACUCGGUGUAAACAUCCACGGCGAGACUUUACUCUUAGCUAGCUAUUUUAGACAUAAACGAGACAAUAACAUAAGGGCAGGUAAGUCCUAUACCACAUUUAAAACAUGGAUAGAAAAGCAAUAUGAUUUGAUGAAAACGCGACUUAAACUAAACUAAUAACAGUACGCAGUAUAAUCAGUACGGUAAGUUAAACUAAACUAAUAACAGUACGUAGUAUAAUCAGUGCGGUAAGUUUACCGCGGUCGCCAUCUUGGAAGUUGAGUUGAGGGAUGGCGCUCCAGAGUCGGAAAUUUGAGUUUCCGGGGCGUUCCCAUUUUUCACUGGAAUUAGGUAAUUCCGGUUUCCUGUGUACAAGCUUUAGUUUCGGAGGUUAUAAAAGAUAGUCGAGUUGACAGCCAGUUCACAGACUCGCACUGGAGGGUUUUUAAUUCAUCACUUGCUUCUACAUACACGCUUAUUAUUAUUGGGCAUGGGAUUCUUCCUCACCAAGUUGAUGACUGUGUUUGGUGACAGAGAGCACAAAGUCAUCAUUGUGGGUCUGGACAACGCGGGCAAGACGACCAUCCUCUACCAGUUUCUGACCAAGGAAGCCGUUCACACGUCGCCGACCGUCGGCAGCAACGUGGAGCAGAUCACCGUGAGAAACACUCACUUCCUAGUGUGGGACAUCGGAGGCCAGACGAGCCUUCGCAGCAGCUGGUACUCGUACUACUGCAAUACUGAGAUUGUCAUCCUGGUGGUGGACAGCACCGACCGCGGCCGACUCACGCUCACCAAAGACGAGCUGCACCGAAUGCUCGCCCAUGAGGACCUUCAAAACGCCGCCGUUCUCAUCCUGGCCAACAAACAAGACGUGAAAGGCUCCAUGACGGCGGGCGAGAUCUCACGCUGCCUCACGCUGGACGCCAUCACCACGCACAACUGGCACGUCCAAGCCUGCUGCGGACUGACGGGAGAAGGCCUAACUGCCUGUCUGGACUGGAUGAGGUCGCAGGUCGUGGUCAACUGAAAAGAGUUCAAAGGUUACCGUGUCUGGAUUCCUUCACAGCACGGCACUGGAACGCAAAGCUACCUCAGGAACGCCUCAGCCAAUUGAAAGGUGCCAUUUUCAGUACUUUUCUACAUUUUAACGUGCAAUAUGGUACAAUAAGGUGCCAAAAUAGUUGAUUGUAAGUGAGCAGUCCAGGGGCCACAUAGUGAGAAAUGAAAGCACGCAGGGGCCACUUUCAUAUUUUGCAAAGCAACACAUCAGGUAUGCACAGAAGUUUUUGCCGUUUUUUAAACCAAAUAUAAAACAUAAAAUAUUUUACCUCCAAAUAUUUAAAAAUACUCUUGUAAAUAUGACUUUAUUGCCGAUAUAUUUUGACUUUAUUCCCUUAAUAUAUAACAAUAAUAAAAUAUUUUUCCUUAAUAUUUAAAUGUCACUAAAAUUCUACUAAAAUGCUAAUAAAAUUACAUUAUUUUUCCUCACUGCAUUAUGAGUUUAUUAUUGUAUAGUUGUACAUUUUUCUCUCAUUAGAAUACAACUUUUUUUCUCUUAAUAUGAUGACUUCAUACUCAUAUGAUUACAGGUUUUUUUCCCCAACUACAUCAACUUUCUUGUUAUUCUUGUUCACAUAACUAUUUUGCAACCUAAUCUUAAAAUUACAACUAUAUUCGCUGUUUUUGUCUCUCAUAGUACUACAACUUCUUUUAAACACUUUUUGUCCUUUAAUAUUAUUAUUUUUGUAAAAUUUUUCAUUGUAUUGCUUUAUUCCUUAAUAUUUUAUCUUGUAAAAUUACUUGUUUUUUCCCAUUUUUGCUGAUGUGUUUUUCUAAAUUUUUGUAAGUUUUCUGGUACAUUAUAUUUUUAGAAUGUGAAACAGGCCAGUAUAGAAUCAGCAGCGUUCUACAUAUGUCUCACACACCAGAAUUUGGACACCUGUUUUACAUUAUUAACAGGUGGAUACACUUUGUGUCUUCUGCCAUCUAGUGGAACAAUAUUGAAUUGUUCAACCUAUCACUUAGGUUGCUAACAGAGAUAUAUAUUAUUUGUCAUAAAUGAAUAUUAUUUUUGAACAAAUUAAGCACUUUUUUAAAUUGUAUUUUUACAAUAUGCUGCGGGCCGUAUGUUGAACACCAAAUCUAGCAUCUAUGCUAGAAUUUAGACCAUUUUAAAGUACUUUUGCUAACACGGUGCAGUCCUAUAUUUGGUGCUAGAUUACUAUAAAGUCACUUUUGCAUUAGACGGGACCUUUAAGGCGUCUGGGAAAGUAUUUCUGUACAUAACUAUUAAUUUAUAAUGUAAUGUCAUGUAUAUACUUUGUAUUUGUUUUAAGUACCACUUUUUUGUGUUGUUUGCUCUACUUGAAAUAUAAAUAUUGCGGGCAACUCUCAAAAUAAAUGAUCUGUAUAAAAAAAAUA